AUGUUGGACUUGUGCAUUGAUGAGCUAGACAACAAUAUUUCAGAUGAAUUUUAUGGGAACGAUGAUUGUAUAGUGCCAGACUCAGCGUAUGAGGACGAACGUCAGUUUCCAGUUCUAGUUAGCAGAAGGAAGAAACGAAGAAAUGAAGAUAUGGGUAGCGGAACAAACCAAUUAAAGAGUAAUACUUUUAUUAGGAGGGAGGCUGAUAUGUUAGGAAGAAAUCCAUGGCUUGAGAAAAAUAAUGGUGGCUCUCCGGUUUCUCGUGAUGCGGGUUCAGGAAAAGAUAUUCAGGAAAUGGCAUUGGAGGAUCCAAAGAUUUCAGAUCAUGGUUUCAACGGUAACCAUGUAGAUGUGGUUGAGAAUUUCUGCACUGCGGAUCCCAUGUUGCGUGACAGUUCUGCUCCAACACACGAUGGCGUAUAUAGUUAUUCCCUCAACAACAUUCCAGGUGCUGAAAACAAUCUCAAUUUUUUGGAUAAUGGAGACAAAGAAAGCAAUGAUCUCUUCUACGGCUGGGGUGACAUAGGAAAUUUUGAGGAUGUGGACAAUAUGCUUCGGAGUUGUGAUUCAACUUUUGGUUUGGAUGGUCUUAAUAAUGAAGAUGACUUGUGCUGGUUCUCUUCUGCUCAGCCAAAUGAGGAUACAGAAACCGCAAUGACAGAUGAUAUAAAACCAGAUGUAAUGUUGGAAAACCAAAGAACCCCUAUGUUGCAGGUUGAAGACUUUUUGAACAACAGUGAGUCCAACCAUGCUGUUGAAGGUGAAUAUGGAUAUACGGUUGUGGGCGGUUCAGCUCAAGGAAAAUCAUCAGAAAAUGUAACUGAUACAAGUUUGCAAAAUAGGGAUAUAUUGAUGCUGGAUGAAGAGGCUAAUCUCGAAAAGAAGCAGACUGAACAUCUUCAUCAAUUGGAUGGGAAAAGUGAUGGAUACUCGGAGAACAGUUUUACUUUACAACAUAGUGGUAUUUCCAGGGAAGUAAUGGACACAAACCAGUAUUACCCUCCCUCCACAUUCCAACAGCAAGGUGUUCCAUACCCACAUUUCAAUUGUGAGCAGCCUUCAGAUCAAAUAUCAGCGUGUGAGAGUAAAUCUGGUAUCAAAUCUGAGAACAAACCCAACUCUUCCUCUGCUUCACAUGAGUCAUACGCAUCAAAUCAGGCGCAAUCCGUUGAGAGCUUACAAGGCCCAACUGUUGAUGAUCGGUGUAGGAAGGGCUUCGAAAAGAGAGUUAACUUGCAGCCCGGGCAAGAUAUGCCUCCUUCUUUCGCUGUAAGUAGCAGGAAGAGUAGUAAGAAAAACCCCAUGAUGUUUCCUGAUGCCCAGAAGACCGGGCUUGAGAAUGACCACAAAAAAGCUGCUGCUGAAUUGGAAACAUCAAACAUGCAGGAAAGUUCUUGUGUUAGCUCUGUAGUAGAUGACAUUUCACUGGAAGCAACAAGUUUCCGCCAGCUUCAACAAGUUAUAGAACAGUUGGAUGUUAGGACAAAACUUUGCAUAAGAGACAGCUUAUACCGAUUGGCAAAAAGUGCAGAGCAGAGACAUAAUUGUAUGAAUCCAAAUGGUGGAAACAGUGAAAUAGACAAGUACGUUGGAUUCAUGGAUAUGGAAACUGAUACAAACCCGAUAGAUCGAUCCAUAGCUCAUUUACUGUUUCACAGGCCCUCCGACUCAUCUCUAUCAUCAGAUAACGAUGUUCUCUCGUAUAAAUCUCAUCCGAUGAUUCCUCAGCCCAAUAGUAGUCCGAGCCUGAGGAUAGAGAAACAAGAGGAAACUCGAGAGAUUAGAACCGAAACAGAAGUUGUAACAAAUGACAACAAAUAA